CUCCGCGCCAGCCUGGCCUCGACGCCCGCGCCCGGUGCCGGCCGAGCGCGCAGGUGUCCGGACGCUUCUCCUCCGAGCCAGCCAUCGCCUCGACACCUCCCGCAAAUGCUCAGCUUCUUCUGGCUGAGGUGUCUCUUAAAAAUGGUCAAGGGGAAUAUUGUAGUCCCUGAAGAGAUCUUGAACUUCUGUUGCAAUGGCCUCCAGGGCUCAACCUCUCCACCACGUUCCCAGGAGCCAGGGGAGCGGGAGGAGGCACCGGGGGCCAUGGCGAGCCCCUUGCCUGCCCGCAACCCCACCGAGGUGCAGAUGAGCCAGCUGGUGCUGCCCUGCCACACCAACCACCGCAAUGAGCUCAGCACUGGCCAGCUGCUCAAGUGGAUCGACACGGCCGCCUGCCUCUCCGCCGAGAGACACGCUGGCUGCCCGUGCGUCACAGCUUCUAUGGAUGAUAUCUAUUUUGAGCAUACCAUUAGCCAGCUGUAUCUAAGCCCUGCUGGGCAGCGGGACGGGAGGAGCGGUGUCUGUGUCGGGCAAGUUGUCAACAUCAAAGCCAAAGUGAACCGAGCCUUUAACUCCAGCAUGGAGGUGGGCAUCCAAGUGAGCUAUGAAGAUCUGUGCAGCGGGAAGCACUGCAGUAUCUGCAAGGCGUACGCCACCUUCGUGGCACAGGGCCCCUCUGGCAGCAAGGUGAGGCUGAAGCCGCUGACCCCACAGACAGAGGAGGAGAAGAUCGAGUACAGCAUUGCUGCUGAGCGCCGCCGCAUGCGGCUGGCGCACAAGGACACCCUCAAGGACCUCCUCACCCGCAGCCCCCGUGACACCGAGCUGGAGACGCGGGACGGCAGUGGGGCAGUGCCGGCGGAGAAGACGCGUGUGGAGAGUGUGGAGCUGGUGCUGCCUCCACACGCCAACCAUCAGGGCAACACCUUUGGUGGGCAGAUCAUGGCCUGGAUGGAGAAUGUGGCCACUAUUGCAGCCAGCCGGCUGUGCCAUGCCCACCCCACACUGAGGGCCAUCGAGAUGUUCCACUUUCGGGGACCUUCACAAGUUGGGGACCGCCUGGUGCUCAAAGCCAUCGUCAACAAUGCCUUCAAAAACAGCAUGGAGGUGGGGGUCAGCGCCGAGGCGUACGGCCAGGAGAUGUGCGUCAGCCCGCGGCACAUCAACAGCGCCUUCAUGACCUUCGAGGUGCUGGACCAGGAGGGCCGGCCCCGCAUGCUGCCCAUGGUGGCUCCCGAGCCAGGGGAUGGAGAAAGGAGGUACAGAGAAGCCAGCGCUAGGAAAAAAAUUCGGCUGGACCGAAAAUACGUCGUCUCCUGCAAACAGACCGAGGUACCACUCUCUGUGCCCUGGGAUCAAAGCAACAAGGUUUAUCUGAGCUACAACAACGUCUCUGCGCUGAAGACACUCGUAGCCAAAACGAACUGGGCACUUGCCAGAGAAAAGGAAAAGGUGAGGAUGUACACGCUGGAGGAGGAUAAAUUCCUGUCCUUCCGCAUCGAGAUGUCUGUCUGCAUCAUGGCCAGCCAAGCCUUCUCCCUGCUCUCCAACCUGCGGCGCCGGCACGAGUGGGACAGUCACUAUGCGAGUGCUGAGCUUGUCCAGAAGGUAGAUGACGAUGACAUGAUCUACCACGUGGUGAGCCGGAUGCACAGACAGGAGAGCAAGCUGCAGGACUUUGUCAUCCUGGCAUCCCGGCGGAAACCCUGCAGCAAGGGGGACCCCUACGUGGUGGCCUUUCGAUCGGUGACACUGCCCACCCACCCCCCCAGAGCCGAAUACACACGUGGGGAGACACUCUGCUCUGGUUUCUGCAUUUGGCCGGAGUCAGAGGAGAUGAGCAAGGUGGCUUACUACAACCAGGCUACGCCAGGGUACCUCAACUAUGUCACCACCAACGUGGCAGGACUGUCCUCUGACAUCUGUGCCACCUUUGAAGCCUGCGAGAAGUUCCUGCUGAAGAACAAAGAGGACCUGAUCUCACGGCUGCGGGACUUCUAGAGCCACACCACCCUGCUGACAGAUGGACACAGAUGAAGGGGCACCUCCAUGGUGGAAGGGGAUGUGGAUGGUGGCACCCAGACCCUGCCUCCCUGGGGCUUGGGGUGGAGGGGCAUUACUGUACCACCUCAUCCCUUUGCACUGACAUGUCAUAUCUUUUCUUCUUUCUUUUUUUUUAAUUUUAUUUAGAAAUUUUAUAAGCUGAUGUACAGGACUUGGUUUUCUUGUUUACUUAACGCUACUUGAAUCUUUAUAUGAUCCAAAAUCUCACUAAACCAGAUUUUUUUUUUUUUUACUGAUUCUUUGUGGGGGAUUACUGGUUCCCUUUGAGGUAGUAAAGGAAGAGAGGGGGAAGUGAUAUGGAGAGGGUGCUCCCCAGUGCAGGGGUGGCUGGCAGUGCAUCCUGCUCUCCCAAGUGCUGCUUCUCUUCCCAGGCAGGGCUGACAAACAGCCCAUGCUCCUGCCAGGCUGAAAUCCUGCUCCAUGGGGCUGUGGAAGGAGUAGCAAUAAAAGUACAUUGAAAGGAAAAAUA